AGCUGUUGUUAUUUUUGUUUGGAUUUACAGUGGAAGCAGGCUUUACGCAGUUUUUCUGCUCGUUUUUUUCGUGAUUUCAGUGGCUAUUUAACAACUAAAAUUCAUAAUGGUGGUCCCAUCGGCAACAUCCCGGGACGCGGUCCUGGAAUUGGUAAAACAGAAAGAUGCCAUCGAACAGAAGAUAGCCGAUCAGGGCAAAAUUCUCGAAGCGAAUCGUGUGGGAAUGCAUGACCCGCUGGUGGACGAUUCCGGUUUCCCUCGGAACGACAUCGAUGUGUACCAGGUGCGACAGGCUCGACACCAGAUAAUCUGCCUUCAGAACGACUUGAAGGCAUUGAUGAAGCAAAUAGAGCAGGGAUUACACACAGUCCAUGCCGAAACAACUGCCCAACAGCAGGAGAACCUGGCCUCGACCAAGCUGCGAACGAUGGACAUAGGGGACGACGAUGACGAAAGUGGCACCGCUUCGGGACUGUCCCCGUCCAUGAGGGCGAUUCGAGUUCAAUCGGUAAAACCGAUUGCCAAGGUCAAUGUGGUCAGCGAAGGAUCUCCCGCCCAGGAAGCUGGGAUCGCAUUGCGGGACGAAAUCGUGGAAUUCGGCACGGUUAACGCAGGCAACUUCCGGGAAUUGUCGCAGAUUGCGGCGGUGGUUCGAAGCUGCGAGAACAAAACCGUGCCGGUUAAGGUCCGUCGAGAUGGGAAGCUGGUGGAGUUGGUGCUCACACCCAAGAGCUGGAGCGGCCGAGGAUUGCUCGGGUGCAAUAUCGUCCCGAUGGAUUCCGUUGAUUGUUGAGGGAGUUUUCUUUUGGUCGUUCUUUGAGUUGGUGGACACGUUUGUUCACGAUAUAACCGCUAGCUUUAUUUCUGUCUGAAGAUCCAGACUAUCGCAAAUUAUCAGAGAAGAAACAUAAAAUAAAGAUGUCACAUUUCUAAAUCCCCCCAAAAAA